CAUCCCCUCCACAGUAAUUCACCCCGCUGUGAUGCGCCUUGGCCUCCAGUACUCCCAGGGCAUCAUCAAUGGCUCCAAUGCCCGUUGCAUCGCCCUGCUGGAGGUCUUCAAACAGCUGAUCAGGGAUUACUCAACUCCCCCUAACGAGGAGCUGUCGCGGGACCUGGUGGCCAAGCUGAAGCCACACAUCAGCUUCCUGAACCAGUGCCGGCCGCUCUCCGCCAGCAUGGGCAAUGCCAUUAAGUUCCUCAAGAAGGAGAUUUCGUGCCUGCCCGACACCCUGAGAGAGGAGGAGGCGAAGGAGAAGCUGCAGGACACUAUCGACAAAUAUCUGCGGGAGAAGAUUCUUUUGGCAGCUGAAGCCAUUUCGAGGUCUGCCUUUGAGAAGAUAAAUGACAACGAUGUGAUCCUGGUGUAUGGAUGGGGCCGGGAGCCGCUGCGCCGGCUGGUGCGCCAGGGCAUCCACUGCACCUACGUGAUGAUCAACGCCAUCUCUUACGUGUUGCCUGAGGUGUCCAAAGUGCUGCUGGGAGCCCACGCGCUCCUGGCCAACGGCUCCGUCAUGUCCCGGGUGGGGACGUCCCAGAUCGCGCUGGUCUCCAAGGCCUACAACGUCCCUGUCCUGGUGUGCUGCGAGACCUACAAGUUCUGCGAGCGAGUGCAGACGGACUCUUUUGUCUCCAACGAGCUAGAUGACCCUGAUGACCUGAUCGUGCUCCGGAAGGGCCAAGCCCAGCUCAGUGGCUGGGCAGAGAACAAGUCCUUGCGUCUCCUCAACCUGGUCUAUGACGUGACACCACCUGACCUGGUGGAUCUGGUCAUCACAGACUUGGGCAUGAUCCCCUGCACCUCGGUGCCUGUUGUCCUGCGUGUCAAGAACGUGGAUCAGUAG